AUGCUUUCCAGAGCCUCCGUCAGACAAUUCUCCUCCUCCGCCUCCUCCGCCUACAAGGUGACCGUUUUGGGUGCGGCCGGUGGAAUUGGACAACCAUUGUCCCUCUUGAUGAAGUUGAACCACCAGGUCAGCAACUUGGCCUUGUACGACUUGAGAUUGGGCAAGGGUGUCGCCACGGACUUGUCGCACAUCCCAACCAACUCCACCGUCGAGGGCUUUGGUCCUGAAAACGACGGUCUGGCCAAGGCCUUGAAGGACGCCGACGUGGUCUUGAUCCCAGCCGGUGUCCCAAGAAAGCCAGGUAUGACCAGAGACGACUUGUUCAACACCAACGCCUCCAUCGUCAGAGACUUGGCCAAGGCCGCUGCCGCCAGCGCACCUAACGCCGCCUUGUUGAUCAUCUCCAACCCAGUCAACUCCACCGUCCCUAUUGUCUCCGAAGUUUUGAAGGAGAAGGGCGUCUACAACCCAAAGAAGUUGUUCGGUGUCACCACCUUGGACGUCCUCAGAUCCUCGAGAUUCUUGUCCGAGGUUGUCGGCACCAACCCAGCCACCGAAACCGUCACCGUCGUGGGUGGUCACUCCGGUGUCACCAUUGUCCCAUUAUUGUCCCAAACCAAGCACAAGGACUUGCCAAAGGACAAGUACGACGCCUUGGUCCACAGAAUCCAAUUCGGUGGUGACGAGGUCGUCAAGGCCAAGGAUGGUGCAGGUUCUGCCACCUUGUCCAUGGCCCAAGCCGGUGCAAGAAUGGCUGGUUCCGUCUUAAAGGGUUUGGCCGGUGAAACUGACAUCACCGAACCAACCUACAUCGACAACCCUCUGUUCAAGUCCGAGGGCGUCGACUUCUUCUCCACCAGAGUCACCUUGGGCCCAGAGGGUGUCAAGGAAGUCCACCCAUUGGGCAACUUGUCUACUGCUGAAGAGGAAAUGAUCGCCACCGCUAAGGAAACCUUGAAGAAGAACAUCAAGAAGGGUGUCGACUUCGUCAAGGCUAACCCAUAA